CGUCUCCAACGUUGGCUCCUUUCCUCCCCUCUGUGUUCCCAAAUUCUCGAAGUCUUGCCCUCGCUCUCGUUUCCUUUCUUGCUGAUCUUGCGGCUCCCUUUCUCUAUCUCUCAGGCAGAAGGAUCGAUCUAGGGUUUUCGCCAUGUCGGGGGCCGCAGCGACGCAGGAGGAGGAUAAGAAGCCGAUGGAUCAGGCGGCUCAUAUCAAUCUGAAAGUGAAGGGCCAGGAUGGAAACGAAGUGUUUUUCAGGAUCAAGCGCAGCACACAGCUGAGGAAGCUGAUGAAUGCAUACUGUGACCGGCAAUCGGUGGACUUUAACUCAAUUGCUUUCCUCUUUGAUGGGCGAAGGUUGCGAGGAGAGCAAACCCCCGAUGAGCUUGAGAUGGAGGACGGGGACGAAAUAGACGCUAUGCUGCACCAAACUGGUGGUUUCAAAGUAGUAUGAGCUUCAUCUGACUCGAAGCUUACUCAUUCCUUUUCCCAAUCAUUGUUGUCGUGCACGCUGAUCUUUUGUAUAAAGUGUUCCUCCCUAUAUUUUGGUCCAUGUUUGCAAAUAUCGGCAACUAUUUAGGUAUUGGCUGACAGUCCACUUAAUUACUAGUUUGUUUGAAUGCUUGGUGGUAGAGAAAAUAUAUAUGUGGAGUUGCUGGUAGCACAACUCACAUAGUGAAACGAUUGCUUUUAUUGCAUGCAUUUGAUUAGAUGAAGCAAAUUCUUUUGCUUGAAUCAGUCAGACUGCAUGAGCUGGCAGCUUGUUUUUGUACUUUUGAAUGGUAUCUCGAGUCCUACUUUUGGAUUGGUCGUGGUAAAUUCAGCUUAUGUUCUCCGAAGGUUUGCCACUUUAUGGAAUUGUAUUAUUGAACAUGAAAACUCGUCUUCCUACUUGUGAAGGGCAGCCUUGGAAGAUCUGGUCA